AGAGGCAGGGAGAUAUAGCACCGGGUGAUAACACUGCACUCUCUCUUCAAAUGACAAGUGCUUAUUUUCCCCUAUACCGCGCGCAGCAUCUCGCGCUCAUAGACUCACUCUUCCAAAAUAACUCGUCUUCUCACUUGGUCUCCUGUUUCUUUUUUCUUUUUUAACCUAUUACUUACAUUAAUUUGUUCAAAGAUGUACGAAAUGUGCAAUUUUAGCCAAAGGUGACCUGUCUGCAUGUCGAAAUUCAUCGGUGCAUCUUUUCGGGGUUGACUGUUAUAACCGUCCAAACUGGGUAGGCUAUCUAUCCCGAUGUUUUGCGAUGCUCUGCCUCUCAGCAAUUUAGAAAAGUGCGUGGUCAUUUUCAGCGCCGAAUCCACAGAUGCCGCCGACGAAUCACCUUGCCUUUCCGGUGUAAUUUUUCACAGCCCUUUGACUGUCCAGUGGAGUAAAUUCGAUGAUUUAUAUAAAGACAAAGUUUGACCGUCACAAGUGGUCAGCGGGCACCUUUUGGUAAUCGGACAGUGGACGGACCACCUGUCCACGGGCUCGGUGCGUCCUUAUCAAAUUGAAGGAAAGAUAAUUGCAAAGUCCAAUAUAUUUGCAUCGUCUCGCCUUUGGUGGUGUAAUAGCAGGAUUUACAUCAUAUCUGGAGUAAUUUUAUGUGCGCAAUAUUGAAGGAUAUAGCCUUAGAAUGUUUGCAUUAAUGACAUUUGGAGUAAGGUACAUCACUUGAGUGUAUUAGACACUAUAGACUUUUGUGGAAACCAUCUAAAUGUGAGGAAACCUGGAAAACUGACUUGUUGUUGAGAAAAUUUGGAUAAAACGGUCUAUUGCACGCAGUCCGAUGUCUGCUCUACGGCCGGGGAGCUGUCUAGGGCGUCAGGUGUGGAUCCUCCUGGCCAUGACCCACCUCACCCUGGAUUUCUCCCUGUGUAGCCCCCUCAGUCAGGGCCUGGGGAUCAAGCUCAUCCCCAAACCUGUGCCUCGCCCCCGGCCCCACUCGGCGCCCCUCUGGGAAACUCCCAACAUUCUCCAUUGGAGGACUGUGAGCACUCUGGCUCACCGGCUCCUCAACCCCGUUCCACUGCCAGACAGCAGGGGAGGGCCAGUGCCAAAGGUCAGGGGUCAAAAGUACAGGAGACUGGCACACAAAGGACAGCCAUGUAAGGAGUGCCGGUUGAAAUACACAUCCACCGAGGUGGGGGAUUCGGCAGCAGCGGUAGGUCUUCCCAGGGGGAGCAAAACAGACGUGGUGAGGUUGUUACGGAGGGCUCGGAGACAGCUGAAAUGGGACGCCGACGACAAAUCUCAAGAUGGCAGGACCACGACUGUGGCCGGAUAUAUCGACUGGGGACCCACAGGGACGGAGGACAACUUUGACGAUGGUGAGGGGAAAACGGCAGCCAACUCCACACUGUCCACCAAGGCCUUGACCACUACUGUGGCCACCACCACCACUACCACCACCAAGAGUCCACAGAGGACGUUCGCAGUGGUGACCACACCACACCCUAGGAUGCUGAGCACCACCAAGGCCAGCGUCAGUUUAGGGGAGACUGUCAAACCACCAAAGCCAUAUGGAGACACACCAGGUCUGGCAGUUCACCAGAUUAUUACAAUCACUGUGUCUCUCAUUAUGGUCAUUGCAGCCUUGAUAACUACACUUGUCCUUAAAAACUGUUGUGUACAGUCGGGGAAUGGCCGUCACAGUAGCCAUCAGCGGAAGAUCCACCAGCAGGAGGAGAGCUGUCAGAACCUGACCGACUUCACCCCUGCCCGCGUGCCCAACAAAGUGGACAUCUUCACCGCCUACAACGACAGCCUGCAGUGCUCGCACGAGUGUGUGCGCACCGCCGUGCCCGUCUACACAGACGAGAUGAUCCAGCAGACCCCUAUAUACAAGACCACCUAUAACGGAAAUAGACCUUCUCCCACUGAAAGGCAGCUGAUUCCUGUGGCCUUUGUGUCAGAGAAGUGGUUCGAGAUCUCCUGCUGACUAUCUGAAGCCUUUUUUACAUCACGUCGAUGGAACAAACUUCCUGAAUUUAUGCUCUGGAUCCUUUGGUAAACUUUUCCAACCAAGAUAAAGAAGCGACUAAAAACGACACAGAUGAAGAUAUUUAUUUUUCUAUAGAUGAUGACAAACCAAGCAGCCAUACCGCUGCCACUCUAUACUAUUUUCCAGAGACCUGUGUUAAUUUAGAUAUCUAGUUAGAGUUAAUAUAUAACUACAUUACUGGAUGUGCCAGAGAAGACCAUCUACGUCAGCGUCACCUUGAAGGGGACUAGGUUUCUUGGAGAGCUAGGAGACUUGGAGGAUCUGCUCUCAGUGGAAAAAGCUGAGCUGUAUUACUGAACAAUGUGCCAAUUACGCCACUAUGUGCCAUAAUCUGUACAGAACAACAAUUAAUGGACAACUAAAGACAGUGCUAUAUUAACCUUGUAUCAAACAUAUUCUUUUUAAAGAAAAAUGAAGAAAAAAAUAUGUUUAAAGUAUUUGAAUAUGUUUUCUGAAAUAGUCGAAAAAAUAUAUAUUAUAUGAAGCACUAAUCAUUGAGGGGGGAAAGAAAAGAAAACGGUAAAUGCUUUAGUCAACACCUACAUUUAAUGCAUUGUUACUAUGUCCCAUUUUAAAACCAGAGUAGUCUGUCUAUUUUUAUAUACGCAAAGAGGUCAGUCAGUCAGAAACCAAACAGUAGAAUUCCAUGCCACAUGAUGUUUGGACAGCGGAACGCCAUUAACAGUCCAAUCAGUGAUCGAAUCCAAGCCCAGAUUAUUUUCCCUUUCGCUAUGUCCUUUUUGUCAGAGGUUUUGGAUUGUGCUAACUACAUAAAAAAAAGGGCUCUAUGGCUGUGGAACAUUGCAUACCCUAUGUCCUGUUGUGUUCAGUUCUAUCUGAAUUUGAAUAGCUAAAGCAAACAGAGAGGAUUAGCAGUAUGUUUACUUAUGUACUGACUCAGGUCAGUGUCCAAUACACAAGUCUUCAUUCCAUUUUCCAUCCCAAGCAUUAUUCACAAGGGAUAAGACAUGAUGAGUUAUUUUGAGUGGUGGUAGGAUAUGAGCGGUACCGCACAAGGGUGGAAUUUAGAAUUAACUUGUAAGAAUAGAAUUAUUCUAACUCAACAAUUACAGUAAGUGAGAAAUAUUGAAUAUCUCCUCUGAACUAUAUGAAUAGUCAGUGUUUACCACUGUUUCCCAGUGUCUAAUUGCAAAUAUUUGUCUUAUUAGUCUUAAAACAACCAAGGGUCAGAUUUAUCAAACAAUGCUCCUAAGGCCACUAAUAAGUGUGAUUUGUGUGUAUUAUUGGGGGAAUCACAAUACCUUUUUGUGUUGCAUUUAUCAAGCACAUCCUAAUUGGAAUUAUAAUUAUAAUAUUAUCAUUAAACACCUUUACAAAUUGUGCCCUGUUCGAGAGGUAUUUACAUUCAGGAGUAGUAUUUUCAAUACCAUAAUCUCAGAAAUGGAAAUGAACAGGACAUCUGAAUAAAAAUGGUAAAGUAUUCCUCCAAAUUAGGUCCAAAUUAGCUGUAUAUCUUGGGCUGUGAAUGCAGACACAACUAUUUUUAAUAAUGUUCCUCCCUAAAGCUCACUUAUAUGAAGGAAUACACUAUCUCUCUUUCAUGUCAAGUGCAGUACAGUGAAAAACAACCAUGUUCUUUCCUGGUUCCUGAGGGUUGCUCAUAGAUGCGGUUUUGUUGAACAUCAGCCUCGUUUUAACCUCCAGCAUCAUCAAUGAGAUGUGGAACUAGGGGGAUUAGGAGCAGCCAAUCAGAGUCUAGAAGACUGGGCCACAUGUUAUACAUUAAUUAAUUGAUUAGUUCAUACAAUUCCACUGUUAGUGAGUCAGGACACUUGAACAUAACACAAAACAUUUCAUUACGCUAGUGGGUAGGUAGAAAGCACAAAAAAGAUUGCAAUUAUUCGGUGUCGACAGCAAUAUGUACAUAUUUAAAGAUGGACUGGAUUCUUGUCCGGAUGUGGGCUGAUAUCUGCACUUACUCAAUGAGAUGGACAAGAUUCAGCCUUCAGCUAUUCUGUUUCCAGAGCUCAAGGUAGAGGUGGACCCAUAGUACAGAUCCUAAAUCACAAGCUUAUGUAACUGGAGGGGUAAAGAACUGACCUUGGAUCUGUGGCUGUGGUGCAACUGUGACUCCAAGUACACCACUCUCACAGCAAAACACCAUGAACGACCAUGCCAAUUCAUCCAAACAUGUAUGCUGAGACCAAGUUGCGUCAACAUAUAUUUUUUGAACAAAAAGUGUUAUCUUGAUAGUCAGAGGGUUACUAAACUGUAUAUUAUACAUGUGUAAAUGUAUUUUCUAUAUAUUUACUUCUAUUUGUGUACAGGUAUGUUCUAUUUUUAAAGACCUGUCUCUUUUUGGGAAAGGUUUGGCUAGGUCGGGAUAGUGUCUUUGUUUACAUGUGAACUACCGUAUUUCUUUCACAACACAAAAUAACCUUGUGCCAAGCUUCCUACCUGCACUUUCAAGCUGUACCUGUAUUAUAUAUUUGGCUAAUCAAUACAAUACUUAAAUAGACACUGCAAUAUUUCACAUACUGAAAAAGUUGUUAGAAGUAACAAAGCUAGGGAGAGAAGGUCUUUUGAUUGUAUACUAUGAUGAGAUCGGCGUGCUGAUGCUUGGGGUUUGGUUGGUAGAAGAUGCGCAAUUAUCAAAUGCUGACAAACCAUUUUCAUAUGAAAUCUAUUUGCUUCUGGAAAUAUGAUUAGUCAUGGUGAAAAGGGGAAGUAAUGUAAACCCAAGAAUAAUUGUUAUGAGAGAAAGUUAGACUGAGUUAAUUUUUGGUUAAUUUUUGCUGUAAUAUUUAAAACUACAUGUAACCACUCUAGAGACCAAGACAUAUGUGUCAGUUUUCUCUUUAAAGGCAGGGAAAACUAUUAGGCCAAUGACCUUGUACUAUUUAGCAUGAGUUGAAACCACAGAUAAAUGAUCAGAAAGAAGUACAGUAGUAAAGAGAACAAAGAAUAAGGGUUCAGGGUUUUUAGGGUAAAUAUUUCACUCCCCUUUGCAUUUGCAGAGAACAAGUACAUGAACAAGGAUUUUUAUGUUUUGGUUAUGCUGGUACUGAAAUGUAUCGGGUAUGUACUUAUUAUGUCUUUCUUUCAUAUGAUGAUGACAAACACCACCAAUGUUUUGCUACAAAAUUCUCCACUUUCAUGAACAUCUUCAUGAUCAGAUUUUUAGAUAGCGCUGAUUGUUUAAAGCCAGCUGCAUACUACACCAUUAUUACCUCAAUAUUUUAAAGGAAGUUUGGAACAUCAUAGGAAUAUAGGGGGCACAAUUUCUUUAAUGUGAAAGGUUUCCUCGAGUGCUGUCUACAAGCCUCAGAUGUUCGAAUAUCCUCCCAAGCAUUGUCCCCAAUGCGCAUUUCUUAAAUUUCUAAUAUACUUUCAAAUUGUUACAUAUGAAAGUGUUGUCUUGAAAUACACUACAUGGCCAAAAGCAUGUGGACACCUGCUCAUUGAACAUCUCAUUCCAAAAUCAUUGGCAUUAAUAUUGAGUUGGUCCCCCCUUUGCUGCUA